GGUUUCGUUCAGUGAACGGUCUACAGUUUUGUGUCAGUAGUGGGUCGGCCGCGGCAAUGUGAGGAUCUUUCUAUUUGUUUCUUUUAUACCGUCGUUAUGUUGUGACCAUUCGCUUUAGUAAGGACAAGCAGAGGAGACCAACUCCGCUAAGAUUCAGCUGUGAAAAGCCUGGUCGGGCCGUACUGCGUCAAGUGAACGGAGGGCUUUUACAAUAGGAGUUUUAUUCAAUUGCUUCCUUAACGUACUUUGAAAUGUUGCAACGAGUAUUUGAAGUGAUGAAAACGCUAGUUCUCCUGUGUUCAUUGAUUUCGUCCAGCUCCUCAAAUCCGCAGAAAACUAUUACAACCUACCAUGGAAAUUUGUUUCCUUCGCUCGCAACAUCAGUAGUGGGUGGUGCUCAUAAGCUGUUGCUUCCAGAAUCUGAUGCCUCGGACGAACGACGGAUUCUUGCAGGAUCUGACUUUUUUUAUUCCACUUUAGAUGAUAGUGCAGCAAGUCACGAUGCAUGCAGUUUUGAAAAAUACGCUUUUGAUCACGAUGGUAUGGUGAAGUAUGCGAACAAACUACCGGCGCUAUCCCAGUUCACGCUAUGCACGUGGAUGCGAUUCACUAAUCACACAGGCGAUCAUACGAUCCUCACUUAUUCUGUCGACGAUGAACCACGAGAAAUGCAACUCUGGAUUUCGAACAACGGUGGAAUGAGCUACAUAAGCCUUGCUGUUCAUGGCCAAUCAUUAUUCAGGUUGAACUAUCCGUUCAAAAUGCGAAAGUGGCACCAUGCGUGUGCGUCUUGGAAUGGAAAGACCGGCGAAUGGCAGCUUUGGAUAAAGUCAGAGCGAGUAGGACGCGGAUUCCAUAACCGGCUGGUUGGUUAUGAAAUUAGGCCCCAUGGAACACUAUUCUCCGGAGGACCUUCCAUAACUGGUCCAACUGACAUCGGUCUACAUUUCGAGAUAACCGCAGUCCAAAUCUACAAAGUGGCCUUAAGUGCUGGCAAGGCCCAUCGUGAUCAUAAACAUCAUCAUGUCCAUCAUUUUGACAUCAACGGCGGAGAAGUUACUUCAACUACACCUCGUACACCUGUGACGGCAUCGCCACAGUCCUCAAACCCUCUUUUGGCAAAUGGACAAAUUCCAACACGUGUUAAGAUCAAUCUUGCUAAUGGACAACAGAAUAGUGGAAGCCUUGGCAUUCCAACGAAAGGUCUGCCUUCGCAAUUGGUUGGGGGAUUCAACCCUUCCACUGGUACCGUCACUACUAACUUCGUCAAUGGCCAAUUCAGUACUGGAGGCCGGUUGCUGCAAGAACAGUUAGUAUCCGGCAAUCUGAUCAACCAGUUCCCAAAUACGGCACCAUUGUCAUUGCCAUCAUCCGUCGACAGUGCAUCAACUAAAUUUUCAUUCCCGGGCUCCAGUUCAUUUACGGACAUAUCCGGUACUGAUGGAGCAUAUUCGAUCGUGCAACUUCCGACCGAUGCUACGGCUCGAAAGCUUUUCAAACGACAAACGAAGGAAACCUCUGCAGAAGAUACAAUAACUAAGCGAGACAUCGUGCAACUUCGCGACGGUUCGUUACUACAGAGCUCGGACUAUAUAUUCGAUGGGCUGGCCGAAUUCGGUUUGCCAGAUUUCAAGAAUAAGGUUGGCCGGGAGACCGAUAUAGAGGAUGAAAUUCGAGAACAUGAUAAAGAACCCGCUGAAGAGGAAGUGAAAGCAGUACUAAACAUCUGUACCAAGUGCACUCCGGAACCAUUUGCGAAAGCAUUAGUGUUUGCUUGGAAAGAUGCAUCAAUAGAACUCAAUGGAGCCCUUCAGGCAAAGGCGUCCUCACACUGUGGCCAUUUCUAGAACAGUAUUUUUUUGGAUCGUGUACCCUUGGAGAGGUCCUUUUUCUCGCAAUACCAGCACAAUAGAAUGGAUUAAAUACCUCAAUCAGUACAUUAUUAGCAUAUUUACGAAAGCCAUAGCUGGGGACAGUUUAACAAGUGUAUAUAUUGAUAAAUACAAUAAAUGAUCAAUUGCUUAUAAAAUCACUUUACCAAAUUUACCUUGCUUUUAUGAAUGUGCUGAUGUUGAAAUUCUGAGUCGAAUUCCGGUUCACUAAAAUAGUUCUGAAAUUGACGUAAAAAUAAUCAGUUAAAUACACAUCAGUAAAUCAUGAGACAUGUUCUAUAUCCACCUGUUCCUGAUCCCAUUGGCUGGAGAUAGGGGCCGGUUGAAGUGGUUGUGGAAUAUUUUGCCCACCUGGCAGUACUUGUGGGGCACUCACUUCGUUUGAUUCAAACAACCGCAACACCGACCUAUCCCGAAUUUCACGGAGGUGUGAUCUUAAUUUAAAAAAUAAAACAAAAUAAAUGCAACUACAGCGUUA